AACGCUAGGAUGAUGAUGCUUAUCAACAUACACGAAUGUCAUUUCAUGCGAGUUACCUUUUGUUUCAGAUUGGUGUCGGAUUAAACGUUAAGACUAUAUUGGAUUUUAACAUCAGUGACAGUGUGAGUGCAAAAUGAUUGAGUGACGUGUGAUAUAUUAGUGUCGUGUAUAAAUAUGUGGGCAAGAUGAAGUUGUGGAAGAGCCUUAAGAUCUCGAUAGGCAGUCGCGACCCCAAGUCGUGCUCCCAGGAGCUGCCGCAGUGGGGUGGCCAGGGAUAUGAACUAGAUGUGUUCAAAUCUCAGACGUCGUUAUCGACUGACUCGGGACUGUGUACGGAGCGCGGGCUACGGCGGACCCACAUAGAACUAGUCAAGCCGCCCGGGAAACGCAUCGGACUUAAACUGGCAGGUCGAUCAGAACCUGGCAUCGUUCCUUCAAUAGUGGGCUUCACAAAGGACUCAGUAGCCCACGAGUCUGACAGGCUGGCUCCCGGAGACAGAAUCUGCAGCGUCAAUGGCAUAUCCACAGCAAGACUCACAAAUGAUGAAGUACUACGGCUACUUGAUAAUGUGGAAGAAAGGGCAUCGCUGGAAGUCGAGUAUUAUAUGCCAAACUACGGUGAGUUUCACUAUACGUCCCAAAACUCUUUGUACAUCACAACGAAGCUAGCAGAAGUUCCAGUAGAAAAAAUCAACGGCUCGCUCGGUAUAACCAUACGUGGUGGACUACCAGAGAACUCGGCUCCAAGCGCCGACCUGGUUCUCAACAGCCGGUCAUUGGACGCACAACCUCUAGUGGUGACACACGUCAGACCCAACGGGGCUGCUUAUAAUACGUCAAGGAUAAAACCUGGAGACAGACUACUAAAAGUUGACCAUGUAUCUCUCACCAAUAAAACGCUAUCAGAAGUCCACAACAUUCUCCAGAACUGUCCACAAGUGACCAGUUUAACAAUAGAAUACGAUGUGUCCAUUAUGGAGUCAGUUAAGCUGGCAACUGGACCGCUUCUUAUAGAAAUUGAGAGGCCGUGUAACGAAGAUCUGGGCUUGUUCCUGACCAACCAGAGGUGUUCCGAUGACGUCUAUAAUUCAGGAUCCGAUACUUAUCAAAGAGUUGGGACCUGCAAUGCUAUUUAUAUUGAUAGUAUACUGCCCGCAAGUAUUAGUGACAGAUGUGGAGCCCUCCAUCCCGGUGAUCAGAUACUAGCGUUCGACGACCACGUGAUAGAUGGCAACAACUACACUGCUGAAGAAGUCAUGUGCUAUCUCGAGAACUGCGAGGGAGGCUUCACCAGACUUCAUGUGGCCCCCAGACAUGUAGUUGGACAUUGUGGCAGAUAUACUAGAGAAAAUUCAAUAUCAGGGACAUCAACACUGAACGCCAAGAAACACCGUCAGAGGAACUACAGGCAGAGUUCGAUGCCCAAACUAGGUUUACAAGACGAUUACGAGAGUCCUCAAAACUUCAUGAGCAUGGGAGUGUGCAGAACGGAAUCUUUGAACAUUCAACUGGAAGUGCCACCUGGGCAGAGCUCGGGACUAGCUGUACACGAAGAAAAUGCUAUGCUAGUAGUAUCUCAUGUGGCUGCACAGUCCCCUGCAUACAGAUCCGGCUGCAUCCAAAUCCGUGACCGAGUGAUGUCAAUCAACGGCCACGAAAAUCUAACUGUGGACGUUUCCAACGAAAUCUUACAACGAAGAAAUGACUCUCACAAUCCUAAAUAUUUGACACUGAAUAUAGAAUUCAGUAUGCCUAAUACUAUUGAAGCCUCUAGUGGUGUAUUUAAUGUUAAAUUGGCAAAAACUACUGCUGGGUUGGGUGUUACUAUAACUGGAUGUAAACAAAAGUUGCUUAGCAACGAGGAGCCUAUGGUGAUAUCAGAUAUCAAACCGGGUUCCGUCGCCCAUCGAAGCGGAGCUCUGUCGCCAGGAGAUCAGCUGCUGGCUAUUAAUGGACAGCCACUGCAUAACUUAUCACUGGACACAGCCUUCAAUAUUCUUCAAAAUUCACCAGAGGACAUUAUCACUUUGAAAAUUCGUAAAAGAGACCUCACGGAAGAUUGGUCUAAUAUCCAUAAGCACAAUGCCAAGCUAACACUACAGAGCUUUAGCAACAUAGAAACCAAAGCUGUAGUCCACAGCGGCGAAGACUCUGGUCAUCAUACAGAGAGUCCUAAUAACAGCGCUAAGGAAAGCGAGAGGAGUCAUGGCAGUAAUGAAAAUACGGCAGUAUUCACUGUGGAACUGAUCAAACAAGAAAAUGGACCUUUGGGCCUGACUAUAGCUGGCAGUGAAGACGUUACGCAGCCUAUUUUGUUAAGCGGACUCGUAGAAGGUGGAGUCGCAGAAAAAUGCGGUAAACUAGCUAUAGGUGAUGAACUGCUGACGAUAAACGGUGAAAGUGUCUUGAACAAACCAUUGUCUGAAGCGAUCAAGUUACUUCAACAGAGUGGCCAACGGGUACAGUUGCAACUUUGUAGGAAAGUCACAGGGUCGCUUGAAAGCGCAGAAUCCAGUGCAAGAGACUCAAGUCACUCUACGUCAAGCCCGGGAUUAUCUAACGACAGCGCUGUUGAGUCGUGGGAUCAGAACACGCCAGUCCGGACCAGCGCUAAUUGUGUGUAUGUUAUAGGUAAUUCUGAAGUAAUAGAAUAUGCUGUACCAGAUAAAACCAGAAUGAUGGACAAGCAGCCGUACUCCCCAACUGACGAAGACAAACUAAUGGCAUCAAACUUCAAUUCAGCAGCUCCAUACAGCAUCAACGACUUGCCACUGCCAAAUUAUUCCUUAAACAAUUCACUCAAAACUUUCCACUACGAAAAUACCUGUAUCAUUCCUGAAAAUACUCUGAAAAAUAAACAGAACAUAACAAGAGAAGACGAUGUCCAACAAAUUGAGAUAUUAACCUCAAAUAUGAAGGACUGCCAGCUUCAUAACAUGGAAAAAUCUUCGUGCAAAUGUGAUUACGUCCAGAUGGGUCCAUACGGGAUCGUAUCGCCGAAAACGAGGAGACCUAAUUGGGACAGUGAUUACCUGAAUAAUGGCAUAUAUACGGUGACAACGCCGCAGAAAUCACCUAUGAAACCUGGCGUGCCUGGAACUAGUUUCCAGUUCUCGACGAGUCCAAUAUAUGAAAAUGAGGUUCCAGGACUCUACAGUACUGAGGCAGUGUCUCCGGCCCGAGGAUCCGUCCACCAUGUCAUCUUGUACAAAGACGCAAUCUAUGAUGAUUAUGGUUUCUCAGUGUCAGACGGGUUGUACGAACGAGGAGUAUACAUCAACCGAAUUCGGAAGGGCGGACCAGCUGAUAUCGUUGGGUUGUUGAGGCCGUACGAUAGAAUUUUGCAGGUGAAUGGAACAAGGACUGUGGACUACGACUGUUGUCUAACAGUGCCACUGAUUGCGUCGGCUGGUGACAGGCUCGAAAUAAUUGUACAGAGACUCGUCACUUCACGGGAUCUGAAGAACCAGCGUCUUGAUGACAGCUCCAGCCCGAGUGACAGUAGUAUAGUGACAAAGACAAUUUAGUGUAUAACCCGACUGUAGUGAAAUCACACCAAAGACAAUGAAAAGUGUAGCUUUAAGUACCUUUUUAAAAUGGUCGUGUUAUAUCUAGUACUUACUUUAAAUUUAGAAAUGUAAAUAUGCAAGUAAUAUUUAAAUGAAUAGGCCUUUUUCGUUGAAGCCAAGAUUUGACGGAAAGUAAAGGAAAAUGUGUUUGCCUAAAACUUUUCCCUUUAAACAAUAUGCAAAGGAAGGUGGAUAUAUAACAUAAUGUAAAAUAUGACAGUCAUAGUUGGGUGUUGAAAAAACGUGUUUGAAGAUUUUAGUUUUCAGUAGACGCACACCUAUGUGAUGGUGUGACGAUAGUCUCUUGGAAACAAAACUUCGCAUCCAAAUCUAAAGGGAAAAGUCAUUCAAAUUAUAUCUUACAGAAAUGGUGCAAAUAAAAAUGUAAACUAUUAAAAAAACUGCAUAAGAUAUUAAUAAGUUGUAUCCCUGCAAGACGCUUCGUCAUAAAAUUGAAUAAGAUUACAAUAUUUUUAAUUUUGUAAAAAUUACAGUGUGAAAUAAUUUACAUCACGCGUUGUAAAAUAAAAUAGUUAUCAGCAGUGUUUUUUCGUUUAAGAAAUAAAGCAUAACAAAAGAUUAAAAUUACAGAUUAAUCAUGAGAUUAUCCGGUCCUUUUAUGUAAGAGGUAGAAAGUCUACCAACACCUUUUAAAUCAGUAUCUUUACAGUUGUUUCAAAAAGACUCUUUCAGCAGUACGCUGACUUUCACAACUGUGGAAGACUGACUUUAAGAGGUGGGAUUGGGAUCCACAUAGUACGAUCCACAACAAGACAAAACCUACCAGGCUCUUAAGAAUCCGAAAAAGAGUUUUAUGUCAUUGUGUUAAAGAUGAAUUUUCAAUAUUAGAGGUUCGAUUUGGCCGAAUGUGUAAAGUUAUCUAUCUGGCAAUGAAACUAAUUUACUUUGAUUAUUUUAAAAUGUAUAAAGCCAUAAAUGCAAUGAAUUUGUAACGUAAGAUUUAUAUGUAUAAGAUAUUACCUACAUAAGUCAUCGCCAAAGACGAUUUUUUGGAAUAAAGUCCUAAUAUAAAAUUAGUUAAAAACAUAGAAAAAUGUUAAUAGAAUUAAAUGUUGUUUUAUGAUCCCGUAAUGUGCCUACGUAUUAAAAAUAAUGUAGGGACUCUAAAUUGAGUGCACGAUUUGCUGUGUGUAACCUAAAUAUAAAUUGUAAAAAUUGUGUGACAGCCCUAUGAUUUGUACAGCUUAUUGCAGAUGUAAGAGUAUACGUAUUAUUUGAGAACAUACAUGCUAUUUAUUUUUACUUAAAACGCAGGAGGGUUGCGAGGCGGAUUAAAUAUUGUUUGCAGUGAAAUAAAAAUAAUGCAUUGAAAAAAUUCAAACUCUUGGUAAAUAACCUCGAUAGCUUAGUUAUCUGAGGUCUAUUAUAUUUCGUUUUUUUUUU